AUGGUUCCUUGCAGGGCUCCACUUGGACCGCGCUUGGCACGACGACAGGAGCUCAGGCGUUUAUUGGUAGCUGGCACAGGCGGUUGGCAAGAGUGGCCGACGGGAGAACAAGGGGAGCCGACAGCGGGGAGGCAGGAGGUGCAGGGGGGCCUGCUGGCGGAUGAGGGCCGGGAAUGUGGGGCAGGUGGACAGCAGGGGGUGACGAAUGCAGGCCUGCCGGAAAAGGUGCUGACGAGGCAGCCGAGCCGUCUGGCGGAGGGGCAGCUGGGCCUGCCGACAGACGUCCAAGGGGGGCUGUUUGUGAAGGAGCCGUGGGAGCGAGCGGGACAGAGAGGGAGGCCAGUGGGGGAGCAACCACAAGUGCUGUCAGGGACGCAGCAUGGCCUGUCGGUGGCUGAAGAGCUUGAGGCAGGGGAGAUGAGCAGCCUAAAUCCUUUCCCAAGGACACGACCAGGGACAUCGCUAGGGGGACAGUUCGGAACUGAGGAACAGGCCUUUCUCUUUCGGAGCGUGCAGUGUCUGCAGCCGGCGACUACUGUGCAAGGAGGUGUGUACCAUCGCGGUCCUGGUCGGGGUCGUGGCCGCAGUGGGACUACUCAACGAGGUCGCAUCGCGAGCCAGCAGGAGCAGCAAUCUAGGGGUCAGUGCGAGCAGCACUCAGGAGUCCAGCACGAGCAACGUCAGCAGGACAGCCGGCAGGGGCGGCAGCCAAGUGCUUUGCGGAAGCAGUGUGUUGAAAGACAACAGGGCAGGCGUGUGGAGCAGGGGGAGCAUCACCCAGGUGGCGAGGACCCCAGAGCGAGCGGCAGACGGAGGGGCAGCUGGGGGGGGGCAGCACCACCUGAGGGAGCCUUGCAUCCAGUGGGACAGCAGGGGGUGAGAGCGGCACUCCAAAGCGGGCAGCAGCCUGGGGAACAGCCAGGAGGGGUAGGCGUGCCACAGGGCGCGCGGCAAUCAGGGGGGCAGCCGGGGGUGAUAGCAGCACCCCAGGGCGUGCAGCAGGCAGCGGGACAGUCGGGGGUGAUAGCAACACCCCAGGGCGUGCAGCGGCCAGGGGGAGGGCCGGGGGUGAUAGCAGCAUCCCAGGGCGUGCAGCAGACAGGGGGACGACCGGGGGUACUAGCAGCACCCCAGUGUGUGCAGCAGGCAGGGGGGCAGCCGGGGGUGAUAGCAAUACCCCAGGACGUGCAGCAGGCAGGGGGGCAGCCGGGAGUGCCAGGAUCACCCCAGCGCGUGCAUCAUCCAAGGGGGCAGGUGGGGAUGAUAUCAGCACCACAGGCCUCACAACGGCUAGGAGUUCAGUUGGGGGUGACAGCAGCACCCCAGGACGUUCAUCAGUCGGGGGGACAGCUGGGGGCGGGCACUGCAUCCCAUGGCGGGCAGCAGACGCUGGGGUGGCAGGGAGAGGGGCAGGUGGCAGACGAGGGGGCGGUCAGGGGCGACAACAGGGACGUGCAACACCCGGGGGGCCAACCGGGGGGGAUGGUAGCACCCCAGGGUGCGCAGCAGCGAGGAGGGUUGCCGGGGGUGAUAGUAGGGGACUAUGAUAUGCAGCAGCUGGGAGGGCAGCCAGGGGUGGCCGCAGCAGACCAGGUCGUGCAGUGGCAAGGAGGAGGUGUGAGCAGGGUACCGAAUCCCCACGGCAGUUGGUGA